AUGUCUGACCGUCUAUUAGAUUUCUCUAUCUCCUAAGAUUCUCUUACAUUAAUUCAUACAAGAAAUCGACAUUAUACACAUAUUAUAGGCAGCAUUAUACUAAAUUUUAUAACACUAUUAACAUUCAGUAUAAUAUAAGGAUACAUAUUAAUGAGUCAUUAAGAUUGGGAUGCUAUUGCAGUGUUGAUUUUUGCAUGUUUUUUAUCAUCCUCAUUUAGGCAUUACAAUUAUAUUAGAAGGACUUAGUUUGUUAUAAAUAUUCCAUAUGCAGACAGAUAAAUUAGUAAUAACUACAUCUUUGUAAGUAUUAUUUUAAGAAUUAAUUUAGUAUAAUAAUGACUGAAACUUUAAUCUUAGGAAUAUCAAUAUAUUAGACAACAACAGAAGAAUUUGAAUAAGAUUCAAAAUUUGAGAUUUUUGUUUAAGUUAUUGCAAUAAUCUUAUUUUUUUUAAUUGCUAUUCUAAAAUUAAUUUUGGUUAUUCAAUUAAAAAAAGUAUUAGAUUUAACAAGAGCAACGAAUUAAAUUAAAGAAGGAAUGAGGAGUAAAUAGGCUUAUGAGAAUUUCUCUAAAACCUUGAAGUGA